CCUCCCUGCCCUGUGGGCCUGGGGACAUGGGGACAGUGGGCUCAGGUAGGGCUGUCCUCACAGGGCAGGAGGCAGCUGUCAGUGUUGGCUACCAUGAUGGCUGCCAGCACAUAUUUGAGUCUGAGCGGCUUAGGAAGGCCAAGCUGCGUGUGGAGAAGGCCAUUAAGGUGAGGGGUUUGAUUUCACACUGCCCCGAAAUGCCACAUGCUUGCACUUGUGCACCUCUGGCUCAGGAGCGCCGAGCCAGAGGGCUGUGCUGGGGCAGGCUGAGCUCGCUGCUCUCCCCGCAGGAGAAGAAGAUCUUCGCACUGCAGGGCCCUUAUCCCAUCAUCCGCCGCCUGCUGCGGGCUCGGGGCUGGGUGGAGAGGAAGCUGCCCCGCAGGAGCAGACAGCUGAAGCAGCAGCCUGGCGGCCAAAAGAAACAGCAGCUGGAGAAGAGGGCAGGUGGUGGCGGGGAUAAGCAGAGGGAGGCAGUGCCAAACCCACGUGGUGGGGCACAGCGUUCCCUGGGCACCACAGAGCCCCUGCACCGCCCAUGGCCAAGCAAUAAGAAAAACAAGGGAGAAAGGGAAGAUGAAGACAAGAAGGAAGACAACAAGGAAGACUUUGAAGACAGUGAGGACUCUGAUGACAUCCAUGACCUUAUGCACGGAGGCCUCAGGGAGGGGGGCACAAGGCCCGGGAGUGUUCAGAAGGGAAUGACAAGUUUCUCUAAACAGGAGGGGCUGUGCCAAAGCCUGCAAAACCUGCCCUGGUUUGAGCAAGUCGACCUCGACACCUUUUUCCCCCGGUGCUACCGGCUGGGGUUCAUGGGCGAGCAGGAAGCCUUCAUCGGUGAGCCUGGGGCUGUUGCCCUCCUGUCCUCCAGUCUUCCCAUGUCCUGUACAGGCCCGGCUAGGGAUGACACUUGCCUUGCAGAGGAUUUCCGCCUGACAGCAGCUCGCAGCCUGCUCAAACUGGCCCUGCAGAAGGUCAGAGACAGGCCGGUGGGGACAGAGCAGCCCCCAAAAUCCGACAAGGGGCCAGGUAGGCUCGGUGCUUCGGCCCAAGGCUGGCGUCGGAGUCGUGUCUCUCAGCCCGUGCCGGCCACAGCACGGCCGCGCUCCCCCCUGCACCCCCAGCUGGUGGAGGAGGCCCUGCAGGUCUGUGAGCAGCACCUGGGCGUCCUGGGGCACCAGGACAUCGACAGGAAAACGCCGUCGCCCUGCCGGACGUGCAUCGCCUGGGACCGCUUCCUGCAGGAAUACUACCGCGUAGCACAUGAGGGGACCAGGCUGGUGCUGAGCAGGGAGCAGCGAGAGCAGUGCCAGGAUGUGCUGCAGCGCCUGGAGGAAAAGCUGCCGCAGCUCGGUAUAGAGGGCAACCUCAACAUCUGGAUCCUCAAGCCCAGCGCCAAAUCCCGCGGCAGGGGCAUCGUGUGCGCAACGCGGCUGGAGGAGGUGCUGGAGCUGGCGCAGAGCCCCACGGGCUCCUCGUCACGGAGGUGCGAGUGGGUGGUGCAGAAGUACGUGGAGCGGCCGCUGACCAUCUUCAACACCAAAUUCGACAUCCGGCAGUGGUUCGUGGUGACUGACUGGAAGCCACUGACCGCCUGGUUCUACCGAGACUGCUACCUGCGCUUCUGCUCCUCGUCCUUCUCCCUGUGUCACCUGGAGCCUGCCAGACACCUCUGCAACGUCUCCAUCCAGAAGCGGUACAAAAGAUUACAGCCAGACCCCCGCUUGCCCCCCGACAAGAUCUGGUCCAACACGCAGUUCCAGGCACACCUGGCACAGCUGGGGCAGGCGGACUCUUGGCAGCGGGUGAUAGUGCCCGGCAUGAAGGCGGCGAUCCUGAACGCCCUGCGCUGUGCCCGGGAACACGUGGGCUCCCGCAAGGGCAGCUUUGAGCUCUUCGGGGCUGACUUUCUCAUCGGGAAAGACUUCCAGCCCUGGCUGCUGGAGAUCAACUCCUGCCCCACCAUGAGCCCCUCCUCGGCGGUGACCCGCCGGCUCUGCGCCAACGUCCAGCGGGACACGCUGCGCCUCGUGCUCGACCGCAAGGACAACCCCACCUGUUCCAUUGGUGCCUUUGAGCUCCUCUACAGGGAGGCGCCUGUGUCCUCAUGCCUGUCUGUGGGGCUACAGCUGGAGGUCACAGGCUGUCCCCUGAAGAACUGCCAGCUGGCAAAGCAUCGAUCCCAGGACAAACCCCCCACCACUGUACCCAGUGCUCCCCAGUUACCUGCACCCUCAGGGGACAGAGCCACCAAAGUCCCCUGGUCCAAGGCAGCACGGGAAAAGCUGCCUCCUCUGGGACCACAGAGCAGCUGCUGCCUGCCCAAGUCUGACCCUCCAGCACUGCCACAGCCCCCAGACUGCUUUGCUGGGAGCCAGGAGCUGCCAUGGCUUCUUCACCUGGUUAGGCAGCCCGAGGAAGCUCAGCCCCUGAUCAGCUGUCCCAUGGAUAGAGCGCCUGGACCACCAACCCAGGGAGCCCCCAGGUGCCCCUUGCACCCCCCAGGCUACUCUGCUGGAGACCAGGAGUUGCCAUGGCUCCUUCACCUGGUAGUCAGGCAGCCUCAGGAAGCUCAGCCUCAGGAAGCUCAGCCCUGGGAGACAGAUUUGCCGCCAAUCACUGGCUGUCCUCUGGACAGGAGGCCUGUGCCACCACCCCAGGGAGUGACCAGGAGUCCCUGGCAACCCCCAGGCGGUUCUGCCAGGAGCCAGGAGCUGCCAUGCCUCCUUCAGCUGGUUGGACAACCUGAGGAUGCUCAGCCUCAGGAAGCUCAGCCCAAGGCAGCUCUGUCCCUGAGCAAUAGGUGUCCCCUGGAUAGGCUGUCCCCACUCCAAGUGCGUGGGAUGCCCUGGCGACCUCCAGGUUCCUGUGCCAAGAGCCAGGGAUUGCCACAGCUCGGUCAGCCACGUGGGCAGCCCGAGGAAGCUCGGCCCCAGGAAGAUUUGCCACCGAUCACUGGCUGUCCUCUGGACAGGAGGCCUGUGCCACCGCCCCGAGGAGUGACCAGGAGUCCUUGGCAACCCCCAGGCGGUUCUGCUGGGAGGCCGGAGCUGCCAUGGCUCCUUCAGCUGGUUGGACAACCCGAGGAUGCUCAGGACGCUCACACCCAGGAAGCUCAGCCCAAGGCAACUCCAUCCCUGAGCAAUAGGUGUCCCCUGGGUAGGCUGUCCCCACUCCAAGUGCAUGGGACGCCCUGGCGACCUCCAGGUUCCUGUGCCAAGAGCCAGGGAUUGCCACAGCUCGGUCAGCCACGUGGGCAGCCCCAGGCUGCUCGACCCCACAGAGUUCUGCCCCCGAUCAAUGCCCAUCCCAGGGUGAGGGGGCCUGUGCCACAACCCCAGAGAGCCCCCAGUUGGCCCUGGCGACCCUCGGGCUGUGUUCCGGCUCCUGCAGGACUUCCUGCCAGGCCAGUGCGCCUGCCUGUGCAGUAACAGAGCACCGGGACCCCUGGCCCCGCCUGGGACACCAGAAGCACACACCAGCUCCCAAGAGGAUGCAGAAGACCUGGGAUACAGAGACACCCCCUCGAGGUGACAGUGUCCUGCCUGUCCUGGAUAUGGGGUAACACAGCAGCACCUGGCUGCCUCCCACACAAACGAGACCUCAUUGCUGUGCCACCGUAGCCACCUCAACCCAGACCCCUGCUUCAAUAGACUUACGUGACAAGGAGCCUGGCUUGGACCUUGUGUGUGUGGGAGAUGUGGACACAGCUGGGGAUGAUGCUGCAGGCAGGAACUGGGGCUGCCAGGGCAGCUCCUCUGCUAGGAUACAAACAGAAGGGGAGGAAAAGCUGCCUCCACUCCUGCCUGCCUGCAGUGGCCCCUGCCAGAUACUGCUGUGGCAGUGGUGACAUUCUGUACCCUGGCACUGGGAACUCAUCAGGCACAGAGUGCUGGCAGGGCUGGUGCCCCCUGCAACGCCAGGGGGACAGCAGGAGGAAUCCCAUCCCGUGUGUGCCAAGAAAAGAAGUGAAUGCUUGAGCCUGGCAGCAGGUGGGCAUUAAUGGGCUGGCAAAGGGAAGUCAGGUGUCCUCAGGGGUCCCCUGUGGGCACCAGGGCUCCUGGGGCUGCUUGGAUAUACUGGAAAGGAGGUGGGGAGGGAGUGCAGAGGGUGCCCUGGGGCAGCACCAGCUCCUGCAGGUUCCUUUUGGGAGAAGGUAAUCCAGCUCGUUACAGAAGGGUUGGAAGGGUCCACAGUGCAUCAUCUGGUCCCACCUCCCUGCUCAAGCAGGGUGAUCCCAGAGCACAUGGCACAGGAUUGUGUCCAGGCAGUUCUCCAGGGAGGGACAUUGCUUAUUCUCUCUGGGGAAUCUGUUCCAGUGUGUGGAGUGAGUUCUUCCUAAACAGGUGGAACUGGCACUGCCACGGCAGCUCCUCUGCUGGCAGAGAGCAGACAGCAUCUCAUGGCUCCCCAGUGCCCACCCAGCCGUGUGCCUGCUGCUGUUCUCUGAGGAUGGCUGGGCCAGGCCCCUCCUGCCCCUCUCUGGGCUGGACAGACAUGACCAGUGCAUGAUACAUCAGCUGCAGAAAAAGGCUGGUCUUUCUGGCAGAGUUCUCUGCCACUAGAGCCAGUUCCCCAGGCCUCCUUCUCUGCAAGAACCACAAAGUUCUUCCUCACUGGGGAACUCCUGCUGCGUUAAGGUACAGACAGACCAUUUUCUGCUGGCUGUGUUCAUCAGGGCCACUGGGAGCAAGAGGAAGAGAACCUGGAUGCAAGGGGAAAAUCAAACCUACCCAGCAGCAGGGCCAUCUCCUGCAUCAUUUGGAUCAUGUACCCAUGAUCCAAAUCAACAACCCAUGUUGUUGAAUAACCCCUGAAAAAGUUGUUUGGCAGAGUAAGUACUGAGGGGGGAUCAUCUUCUGUUCCCCUAGGAAAUCCUUAUGGACAUCACCCUUGUACCUUCUCAUCCCAGCCAGAACGGGCUGCAGACUCUCCCAGUCUUCACAUGUUCCUCAAAAAGAAAGGGAAAAGAACUGACUUAAUUGGUGUUUUGAUAUCUGCCACUCAGUCAGAAAACCCAGUGCUCAGAAAACAUUUUUGCAUGACUGGGCAACUCAUUCAGACGCCAGUGACCCAGAGGCAGAAGCUGAAGCAAAAGGAAGGGCUUGGCUGGAGCCAGGAGGAGUCUUUCAAGACUGGCCUCAAGGGUGGCAGUGAGGAUGUACUUAGAGAGUCCCCCUUGCACGUCAGAAGUGGAGUAGGAGAGUCUCUUGCAUGAAGCAAUGACAGCAGCACAGGAAGAUUUUAGGGAUCUGAGAGCAGAUGUCACAAGGAGAGUCAAAGGAUGAAGCUCCAGAACUUAAAUGACGUCAGCAGAAAUAAGGAUGUUAAACAAAGAGCUGCAAAUAAGCUGUGAGAGAGGGAAAGAAACUGUGCUAAUGGACUGGCUAUGGAAAAGCUGAGUGAUCAUUUGGUAGAUGGUUUUAAAGGGGGCCAAGAGAUAGUCAGAGAGAGACACCUUGGUAAUAAAGAGGAAAGCUCUGCUCUCCCAAGUGACAGAUCCUUCUGGGAAGCUGAAUCAGUUGUGUAUCAGAAAAUGUACUGAGAACACGGAAAUUUGCAGGUAGGAGUUCAAACAGAUUACUACUGUGACUCAGUCUCUUGAGAUGGGUAACACAAGCAAAAAAUAAAUCGAAGGGGGAAACCAGUGCAGAAAAGUUAAGCAGACAGAGAGGAGCACCAAAAAAAACCAAACCAGGAAAGGAAAGAUGAACUGUGCACAUGUACACAACCUAAGGCCAGAGGAGUUGUGUGCCAGUGCUGGUUCACAAUCAGGCUGUCAUCUAACCUUAGUCACACUUUAUGAUUUGCCUUUGAAGUUCAGACUCUUGUGAAGGCUUCAAGGAUUGUUUCAAACUAACACAAGUACCUCAGGCUGGCUGCUCUUGCUACCUCAGAGUGCUUUGUGUCCUGCUGGAUUCAUGUACACCUAAUUCCCUAUUUCAUCCAUGCCCCACCCAGGCAGCCCUCAAUAUCUACCCAAAAUGCAAACAUGCACAGUGAGUCCCUUUGUGCAGUUCCUUGUUCCCAGGACUUUCCUAAGGCUCCCUGGAGCUUCCCCAGCUUGCCUCUGUUACGGCUGUUCAAGGAGGAAGAUGUGAUCACGGUUACAUCAUGCUAAGCAAACAGGACAUCAGAUCAUUGCUUUGAUACCCCAACAGCUUCAGUAAAAAGCACAAAACAUACAUAUGAUAAAAAUUCUUCUCACCUCUGUCCUCAGAUUAAUCUUACAGGUGUCCUACAUCCAGGACAUGUAUUUUUACCAAUUUAUCAUAUAUUUCACUAUGUAUUCAUGACUGAAAUAUAAGAAACUGCUUUUUCCUCCCCAUUUUAAACACAUUUACUCUCCAGUUGGGUUUUUCUGAAAGGCAACUUACAACAAAAAUACUGUUCUAGUUCCAUUAAUCUGUGCUCAUACACUAAUGCAAAACAGACAAAAAUUCCACCAAGUGGAAUUCUUGGGCUGCCGUAAGUACAGUGGAGCUAAUAAACACUUCUACAGCUUAGGACUUUUGAAUGGCUCUUGAAUAACCCAGCUUUAUCAAUUGUUUGAGACUGAAUCCCAGGAAAUUAAAUUUAGCAUUACUACUGCCACAAAUCUCUUGCCAUAGCUCCAAGGAACACCUCAUUUAUAAUAUCAAAUCAGGGAAGACUUCCAGUAGGAGGAAUUGUAUUGGCUUUAAUGGGCUGGAGGAAGGAGGAUUUUCUCAUCCCUAAGUGAGGGCUUCACUUCCUGCCCCCAGAAUGAACUUGACUGGGCCAAGGCUAGAUCAUGGUGUGUUGGCAUUACGAGCUGUGGAGACCUCCUGGAAGAAGGUAGGGGGAAAAAAGUAAAAUAAAGCAGCAGACUAUUUGCUGAGUGUGAUCUUACAGAAGGACAGGGUGAAUAAAUCCUCUCCUACUACCAGCAGUGCCUGUUCAACCCAACAACUCUUCUCCUGUGGCACGGGGAUUGCAGGGAAAUCCCCCACUCUGGAGCUGCUACAACUCCUACAGCCUGUGACAUGCUGCUUACAGGAGAAACAGAGCCCAGGGACCCCCAAAGGCAGGAGAGCUGUAGAAACCCAGAAAACAGUCUAUAAACAGCAAUCUGUUAGUUUUGUGCAAUGCAGCUCCUACCUAGUGACUAAAGAUGCCAGAAGAAUCCUGGCACAUCGUGGGGAAUUGCUAUUGAGCUGUGCAACCAUUACACAGGACCAACAGAAACAUUCACAAGAGCCAGAAGUAGCUUCAAAUUGCCUAUUAAUUCUGGAUGCCUGUCAGCAGUUGUUAUCUGAUGGGCCAGAGUGAGCUGGCAUCCUCUACGGAGGAAAAAAAGAAAUCAAAUAUAACCAUUACUUAAAAGAAAUAGCUAAAGAAUCAUUUCAUCAUGGCUUUCAUCCCCUUUUGCCUUUUAGCCCCUCUUCAGAAUGGCUGGUUCCUCGUGGCAGCACCCCCCUGUCAGCUUGCUGGAGCUGCUUGGCCCCACGUCAUUCACCCUGUCCCAGCCAAGGGGUCACACUGGUAAAGGUGCAGGGCCCCCUCCCAGCUGGCUUGAACUGCCUGUGAAUUGUCAGCAGCUGGGGGAUCCCCUCCCAGCCUGAACAUUCAGUGCUUUCUCCUUGUCACCGUGUGACUCGGAAAGCUCUAAAGUUUUCCUGGCUGAGCAGAUUUUAAUUUAUCGGUAAACAAGGAAUAUCCACCUUUUGACAGUCAAACCUCUGUGUACUGACAGGCUCCAGCCACAUCUGAAACACUGAUUUGCAUCUUUUUGUAAAUGAGUUUGCUGAGGCCAGGCUUGUGCAGUGUGCUUUCAGUGUGGGAGGAAGCUUUACCUGAAUAUAAAAAUAUUUGGUGCAAAUGAAUUUCAGAGAUGCAUGUUGUUCUGCUUGCAGAAAUGAAUUUUAAUAUGGCCCUUCAACAGUCACACAGCAGGAUCUGAAAAUGCUGAAAUAUGGUCCUUUUAAAUAAAAUUUUCAUGGGGUAUGUAAUCAAAACUUUAAAACUGACCAUUUUCUGUCAGGCUCAAGAUAGGGUUAUUAAAAAAAACAAACCAAAACCAAACCCAAAAAGAAAAAAGAAAAAAAAAAAAAAAAAAAAAAAGAAAGAAAGAAAGAAA